GUAGAGGGGGUUUGCCAAACUGUUAGGGAGCAGCUGCUCAUGUCAUGAAUAGAAUGGGAAGCGACUGAGUUCAUGUAGGGAACACUUGCAUAACAACUGCGGAGCUUUUAAGUGUUUUAAAGAAAAUGGGGGAUAAACUAGACGUCCCCGUCAGUCGUAAAAGGAGAACCCCUAUUUCAGGAGGGGGGUCAAGUUUGAAAACGAAUGGGUUCAAGAAGUCUGGUGGCGCAGAAAAUAAAGAUGAAAGCACGACCCACAGAAUCAUUAACAAGACAAACCCUGAGAAAACAGCACAAGCGCCAGCCACCGUGAAGCCGGUGUACGACAAACUUCGCUGCCACAGGCUGCAAGAGUCCCUGCUCAGCUCAGCCAGUGGUUACAGCAACUACAGGGGUAUUCUCAACUGGUGUGUGGUCAUGCUGGUCUUGAGCAAUGCACGCCUUUUCUUAGAAAACCUUAUAAAGUAUGGCAUAUUGGUGGAUCCAAUCCAAGUGAUUUCACUCUUCCUAAAGGACCCAUAUAGCUGGCCUGCCAUGUGCCUUGUUAUUGUGUCCAAUGUAUUUAUACUAGCGGCUUUGUACAUAGAGAGAAAACUGUCAGUGGGUUUUGUCUCAGAGAGGGUUGGUUUUUUGCUUCACUUCUUCAACCUCUCCAUGAUCCUCUGCUUCCCUGUGGCUGUUGUAUUGAUGGUCAAUUCCAUGACUCCAGUUGGCGGUGUGUUUGCACUGGCAGUCUACACCAUCCUGUUCCUCAAGCUGUACUCCUACAAAGAUGUGAAUAAGUGGUGCAGAGAAAUCAGACAUGCUAAAGCUCGCACUCUGGCCCGAUCACAGUCAUUCCCCACGGCCCACAAAGCUAAUGGUGAUGCAGUACAGGCCCACGUGACGUAUCCAGGAAACCUCAAACACAGAGAUUUAUAUUACUUUGUGUUUGCGCCAACUCUCUGCUAUGAGCUCAGUUUUCCUCGGUCCCCUCGCAUACGCAAGCGCUUUCUGCUACGGAGGCUUUUUGAGAUGCUUUUCUUUAUACAGCUGCUGGUGGGAUUAAUACAACAGUGGAUGGUUCCAACAAUUCAAAAUUCUAGGAAGCCAUUUAAGGACAUGAAUUAUUCAAGGCUUAUAGAGCGUCUCUUGAAGCUUGCUGUCCCCAAUCACUUAAUCUGGCUGAUGUUCUUCUAUUGGUUUUUCCACUCGUCAAUGAAUUUCGUGGCUGAGCUCAUGCAGUUUGGAGACAGGGAGUUCUACAGAGACUGGUGGAACUCAGAAACUGUUACCUACUUCUGGCAGAACUGGAAUAUUCCCGUCCACAAGUGGUGCAUUAGACACUUCUACAAGCCUAUUCUGAAGAGAGGCACGAGUAAAUGGGCAGCACAGACAGCAGUUUUCCUGGCUUCAGCUUUCUUUCACGAGUAUUUGGUCAGUGUUCCCCUGAAGAUGUUCCGACCAUGGGCGUUCAUGGGCAUGAUAUCUCAGGUUCCCCUGGCCUGGUUUGUGGGCAGGUUUCUGAGAGGCAACUAUGGCAAUGCUGCAGUCUGGAUUUCCCUCAUCAUCGGGCAACCUAUCGCAGUGCUGAUGUAUGUUCAUGACUACUACAUCCUGAACUACGAGGAAACCCCAGCGGCAGGAAUGGCUUGAGAGCCAUAAAUAGGAAAGAGAAAUAGGGGUUAAGGACUCGGAACAUGGGUGCAAGAACAAUAAUGCUUUUGUAUAUUUUCUAUUUUAUACGGGGGGAGGGGGGGGGGGUAAAUCACCAUGGAUAUUUUUGGUGUAAACAUGCCAUCCUUUCAAAGAUUAGCAUCAAUGGAACACAGUGGGUACAUAUUUGUUGAGAUGGAUAGUUGGGAAGUCCUCAUGUCUCAGCAAAUGGUUCUCUUGAAUGUGACCCUGUUCAUGUGGAAAUAAGCACUAGAAGAUGGCAGUUAGAGUUUUUCAUGACUUUCCUGUUUGAUUUACUUCUGUCGUGCUGUAAACACUUCCGAGCCAAAGCAAGCUGUUGGUGCGUCUGUCUGUAUUUUUAUGGGGGUUUUUUUUGGUUAUUUUUACUACUUUGAUUGAAAUGAUAAGUGCCCUUGUUAAAGCUUAGAACUUUCUACACAUGAAUCUGUUUCUUUUUAUAUAGUUUAAAACACUGCCUUUUGAAAUGCAGUCUCAGGAUGGAGGAACAUAUCCAUAAAGGAUGUGGGGAGUCUGUAUAUGUGUGGUAUACUGUACCUAAAGUGGAAAGCUGGCAGUACUGACACCAGCGUUCCUUUGAUAAUUGUUGUUGCAGGAAUGCUGGUUGCUGGCAGGUUUGAUUGGUGUGAAUACUGUCAUCCACUUCACAUUCUGGUGCCCGACACUGGAAAUGUGCAUCUUGUUAAUUACCAGCCUUUACUUGUUUUCUUGUACAUUAUUACCCCAAGAAAGUUGUGAUGACCUCAGUGGUUUUAUUCUGACAGAAUGGCUAAGAAUAUUCACCACAAUAUUCCAUCUAAAAAUGUAAGUCUGGUACACUUCAAGGUAUGGUUUACAGUAGUGUCUCUCUAAUAAGAACCCUUGUUAGUAAGAACUGACCUUUAAUCCAAACAAGAAUAUCAGGUGAAAUACUUGCUGAUACAGCUGUAGAAAUGAUCAUACUUCACGAGAAGAUGUAAAUCAUUUACAACUAUUGUUUUUUUAAAUGUUUAUUACUGAUUUUGAGUGACUAUAAACUGGGAAUAAAAACCAUAAAACAAACACUAGGCAAGGUUUUUACAUUUUUUUAAAUUUAUUAUUAUGAUACAGAGUUAUAAUCAGUAUUCCAAACAAUCUGUCGGGUCCGGUCCAGUACACAAUUGGGUCUCCUGUACUUGAAUUUGCUGUAGAGUAUGAGUGAGGAACAGAAACACACAACACUGUAGACUGUUCAGAGUUUUUUGUCAUUGUGGAUAAGACACUUGGUUUUCCACAAACGAAUGAAAGUAACGCACAAGUAUCUUCCACAUCAUACAAUGUGAAAUCGCCAAAGUGAUGGCAAUACAUACAUGCAUGCAGAAGUCAACAUUGAGUCGCUAAGAUGGUUUUGCAUUUCCAGGAGGUCAGAAUGAAAUGUGAAUUCAGUCGCCACCGCUUAGAACGGGUGCCUUUGUGUUAACGUGAUUCACCUGCAGUAAGUGAUUGACGGUAUAAACUCCCUCACAGUAACCUGAAUUUCAAAGUGCCCCCCAAUCACUAGUACAGUAAUCAGUACAAAAAAGCUUGUGUGCGGUUCAAAAUCUUUAUUAAGACAGGCAUUACACUAAUAAAAAAAAGUAUUAAAACCUAUGAAUGUAAUAAAAAGUAAGUGCAAAAAACUAAUGCAAGAGCAGAAAUGUACAGAACAGGCUGCAUUACUGCAAACUGCUUCCAACGAAGGGCUCUGAGAUGCAGAUCUGAACAAUUUUUUUUGCAUUUUCUAAAGAAUCCCAGUUCGGCUCUAUAUCCAGAUUCCUUAAGAUGUGUGGGUAUUGAAAAAGUAUCAGUUGGUAGAAGAGACUCUUAGAACGGGAAUCUUUCUGGAUACAAACCCUAAACACAAUGACACCUAAUGGUAUGAAUCAAGAGUUUGAUUGAACUUCCUUUUUGGGUUGAUUAAUGUGAAAGAUAUAAUACACUGGCAUUUUAAAUCAUUGCUCUGAUCAAUUAUGUCUUUCCCUGAAAUGAUUUGAUUGUUAAUUGGACACACCAGUAUCCAACCAUGAUUGUUUGCUUUCUUUUAAACAUGUCUGUUAUUUUUGUUCUCU